AUGUCUACAAGCACCAAGCAGCGUCCAAAGCCAUGGGAAAGUAGUGGUCCUCUAGAUGAUCAAGUAUCCUCCACCGAUGGUGGGUCGAUGACAAGAGCGACAUCUGGAGCUAACCAACCCGUUGAUAGCUCUCCAGAUGCUCCACCCAGGCCAGCUGGAUUGAGUCCUGAGACUUUGAACGACCCAAUGUCCUCAUACCGGAACUCACAGUAUGGUAGUGGAGCGUACGGAGGUGCUAUGUAUGGUAACUCUAUGCUAGGCAGCGGGCUUUACGGCGGAAACUCCAUGUUUGGUGGAGGAUAUGGAUCGAUGUACGGUGGUGGAUACGGUUCCAUGUACGGGGGCAGUGCAUAUGGAUCGUUGUACGGGAAUGGAUAUGGCGGAGGUUAUAUGGGGGGCAUGAACGGCGGACCUGGAGGCCUAGGUGAGUCGACUCAGGCCACUUUCCAAUUGAUUGAAAGCCUGAUUGGAGCUGUCGCAGGUUUUGCGCAGAUGUUGGAGUCUACAUACAUGGCUACGCAUAAUUCGUUCUUCAGUAUGAUCUCAGUUGCCGAGCAAUUCUCUUAUAUGAAGGAAAUGCUGGGGUCAUUCUUUGGAAUCUUUGCCAUGAUAAAGGUUCUGCGGAGAGGCUUAUUCUAUAUCACAAGAGGAAGGAUAGGCUCGCCGCCAAGAGUGAAUAACGGUAACAAUGGUGAUGGCAAAGAGAAUGAAAUGGUUAAAGAAUUCGAAAAGUUCAACAAUGGUCACAAUGAGCAACGAAAACGGAAAAGGAUCUCUUGGAAGCCUCUAAUCUUUUUUCUGGCCGCAGUGUUUGGAUUCCCAUACCUCCUGAACAAGUUUAUCGCUAGGAUGCAAAAUAUGCAGAACAACAGAAUUGGUGCUCACGCCAACCGACAAAUAGACCCCUCGAAACUCGAAUUUGCUAGAGCACUCUACGAUUUUACGCCGGAAAAUCCGCAAAUUGAAGUAACUUUGAAGAAGGGGGACCUCAUGGCAAUCAUAACAAAGCAGGAUCCCAUGGGUAGAGAUUCCGAUUGGUGGAAAGUAAGAACCAGAAGCGGUGAGGUCGGCUACGUGCCAUUUAACUACUUGGAAAUAAUAAAAAGGCAGAAUAAGAUCGAGCGAAUUCAAGAACGAGCUGAUGGCGAUCAGCAGGAAUGA